AUGUGUAAGUGCUGCAUUGCAACAUACACUAGCGUUGGAUGUGCUGCGUGUUAUAUAGUUAUUUCAGUAUGGGGUAUUGUUAUGCUUGGCAUCAUGGCGCUUCUUUUCGGACCAAUUGGCCAUCCUGGUAAUAUUGGUGAUCUUGUUCACACAGACAAGGAAAAUUGCAGGACAUUAUGGAUCAAUGUUAUCUUAUAUUUCGUCCUUUGCGUAUUAUGCACAUUUACCCUCUUCUACCGCUUAAAACAUCCAUUCCAAGAAGAGAAAGUAGUUGAUGAGGAAGAUUCAGAAGAAAUUCUUGGCAUUAAAGAUGAACAACCAGCCCAAGAAAAGGUUGAAGACAGAAAAUAA